AUUACUGUUUGACCAGCCCAUGGAGAAAAAGGUGAUAAGCAUUAGCGAUGUGAAUAUGGGAAUGAAUCAAAUUGAUGAGCUCAUGGAGGAUUGCAAGCAUCCAGUUCAAGGCGGCGAUCCAAUGUUGUCUUCACACAGUCACAUGCAGUCUGCUCCACAAUCGCCGAGUUCAAAGCCAAUGGAUUAUGGAAGUUUUGAACCACAAAAAAUCUCAGAGGCUGAUGCUGUACGCCUUUUUAGGGGCAAGACAAAUUUAUUAAUAGAUGACUUAUGCAGUAUAAACUGCAGUACUUCAUGUUUUAUUCAGAACCAAUUGCCCAAACACCAGGGACGCCCCAGUCAUUGCCAUCCACCCCGAGCAAAGGAAAUUCACAGUUUAUCUGAUUCAGCCACAAGCUCUGAGCUUAGCAGGCUUGAACAAUGCGAAGAUCCACUGCUGUCAUCUUCCCAUAGGUCACUGGGAACAGUAGACGAAGACCAUCAUAGUUCUAUAGAUAUGUCUGCGGUAAUGAUAAACGACUUUUGUUGAUUUUUGUAAACUCUGCAAAUAAUUGUAUCUAUACAGAUUUCAUUAAAUAAAUGG